CAAAUUGGUUUUUUCUACCUCAGAAAUUUCCGCCUCUGUGUUGCUUUAAAACCACCACGAAAGCCGCACAUUGUUUCUCUUACAAACAAUUUUCCCCUUGCGAAUAUUUUUUUUUUCUUGUUGAUCGUCAAUAAUAUCAAUGGCGGAAUCAAAGACAAAGUUUGCAGAAAUCAGAGAAUGGAUCGUUGAACACAAGCUUCGUACCGUUGGUUGUUUAUGGCUGAGUGGGAUCUCUGGUUCGAUCGCCUACAACUGGUCUAAACCUGGUAUGAAAACCAGUGUCCGUAUCAUCCACGCCAGGCUACAUGCUCAGGCCUUGACAUUGGCCGCUCUAGCUGGAGCAGCCGCAGUGGAGUACUAUGAUCACAAAGCUGGAACCACCGAUCGCUACCCCAAA